UAAUACUUCAUGGUAGUUGGUUUACAAACUUUGUUCAAUCACGGCUAUAUUUGCUAUAAAUGUUUGCUUAAUAUUUUAGACCAAAAUGUUAUAAAAAUUGACAAACUAAAGUUGAAUAAUUUACGUGUUAUUUAUAUGUUGCAGCAUUUUAAUUGAAUUGAUUCAAAUUUAAUCAAAGUUCCAAAAGCGAAUAAAGCACAUCGUUUUUUAAAAAAUUUCUAUAUUUUAAAUCCUUCUUAUAUUGAUUCUACACAAAAAUAAUAUUUGGUGAAAACUUUUUUGAACGUCAAUCAAGAAAUUAAAUAUUUUCUUGAACUUUCCGUUAUUAAACUGAAAUUUAAAGCUGAAAGUAAACCGAAAGAAAUUGUACACGUAAUUCUUAAGUAAUGAGCUGGAAAAGUACAAGCACAAUUUACUUACUUUAUUUUGGAAUAUUUUUGUUUGGGAAUGGGUUCUCUUUCACCCUGAAAUUUCAAAAAUCUAAUGAAACCACGUCUUCAACAACGUCCGAAACCUCUCAAGAUAAUCAUUUGUCAUUUUACCACAAUUUAACAGUAUUUAAACAACCAUCAAAAAAUAAGAGCCAGAAAAGUUCUGAUGGGAUUACCGUAACUGUUGGUGUUCUCUUUUCACUUGGUAUUGUAGCUAUUUUUUUCUCAGUUUACUUUAAAAAAAGAAAAAAAGAACGAAGAAUAAGAGAAUACAUAAGAGAGACACAAAGAAAAAGAGUCGAUUUACGGCAAGCUCUUUCUUUAAAAAUUACAUACAAUGUUCUAUAAAAAAUGUUUCUGCACGAUUGCAACGAUAUACUCGAUAGCAAAAGGUUCUGCAAAAUGCGACGUAUUCAAAUAAGUCGCGUUUUAAUUUCAAGCGUUACUGCGUCAAGAUUUAACUCAAAACAAAUAUAUUUAAGAGAUUACGCUGCAAUUGAUUCGUUUUUACUGCGUACAUCAGGUUUGUUUGAUAGUUUGGAAAGAUAAAUUGGAAAUAGAUUAAAAAGAUAAAUGAAGUUAUAAAAAUCCAUUCAACUAUCUGCCACAGCAAAACAUUUCAGUUCUUUUUUUUUGAAUGUUUUUAAACGCAUGCACUCAUAUAUAAAUAAAUAACUAUAUUUUGUUUUACUAAUAUCACAAAUAUUAAAUUUUUAUAAUGUAUUUGCUUGUUAUAUAGGGAAUAUUUUUUUGAAAAGACCAUCUGUAGAAUCAGUCAA